AUGGCUGGCAUUGAGAAGCUUGAGGUCCAUAGCAAGUCAUACAUCGUCCGCUGGGUGAGGGUCGACGAGGAUAACACCCUCUCGUGGAGUGUGCAGCCGAACAAGAAGUCCAUUAACUUUGGCAUUGUGAAGCAUCCAGGCAGCGGCGCAACUACCAUCCUCGCCGCGAACGGUGACGAGCUCGACGGCGGUCCAAUUCACGGAACCACGGAUGGCAAAGGCAGUCGAUUCCCCAAAAAGGAGACUACAGCGCAAGACCUCUUAAUCGGCAAGGGCUUCAUCCCCAUCUCUUGGCAUGGGAAGUGCGAGGCGGACAAGGUCUCCAGGGGUACACACGAUGUUCACCCUGGCGAUGGCGGCAUGUACGGGCUAGUUUUCGACAACACCUUUUCCAAGCAAACCUCCAAGACGGCUACAUUCGUUGUUCUCACCUAUCCAACCGGCGCCCCGCCCCAGACGACGAAUCACCUGCCCAACCUGCAGUUGCCGAAUGCUCAGAACAGCCAGUCCAGUCUGGGAAAGCAUACUAGCCCAAACAAUGAGAACGGUCCCUCGGCAUCCGUAGAUAGUCUCCCGAGCCAUGGACGUGGACGAGCAACUUCUUCAGCCGGCAAGAGCGACACUACUGGUGCGCCUCUGGCCUAUCACGUCGGCACGCUCUCCAAGAGACGUCGCAAGAAGGGACAGGGCUAUGCCCGCCGCUUCUUCUCGCUGGAUUAUUCGACUUGCACUCUAUCGUACUACUACAACCGAAACUCGUCUGCCUUGCGCGGAGCCAUUCCUCUUAGUCUAGCUGCCAUUGCCGCUGAUGAGAGACGCAGAGAAAUCAGCAUUGAUUCCGGGGCCGAGGUUUGGCAUCUGAGGGCGCCAAAUGACAGGGAGUUUCAGGACUGGGCGCGAGCACUGGAGCGAGCUAGUCGCCUCGCUCGCGGCCUCGAGACACUCACCAAGCCGUCAAAGCCCACUUUGAAGCUCGAUGGCCGCGUGCUUAAGCAGACGCCGGAAUUAUGCCAGACCGAAAACGUUGAAUGGCAGCAAGUUGAGACCCUUGUCAGUCGUGUAGUAGGAACAAGGGAUGCCCUCCGCCGGUUGACCAAGGAAGUUGCCCAAUUGCCGAAACCGUCACCUAGUGGACAGUUUUUGUCCCCUGGUUCUGUAAUCUCAAACGAAGAUGGAAAGGAUGGUUACUUCCCGCCAGCAGCGGAAAAGAAGUCAUUCUGGAAGCGCAAAUCUAGUGCAUCUGGCCUCAACCCAACAUCUGCUCAACAAAACUCGCUAUCCUCUCCGGCUCUGCCAUCACCAGGAGGCACCACUGGUGCCGCAGAUACUAUUACCCGUCGCGCGUCUAAGCGAAGGUCUCGUGGUGUAACCCAGGAGGAGAAGUCUCUGCAUGGUCACUGCGAAGCUCUACUAGCCGAUCUCGAUUCCGUUGUCUCCGAGUUUACCGCCCUGAUCGCGAAUAGUAAGCGACGCCGUUUGCCUCACCCUCCAUCCGCCGGAGGCGCUUCUCGUAUGAGCAUUGAAACAACAUCCACAGACGAAUUCUUUGAUGCCGAGGAUGCAAAAUCUGGUGUUGUCAAGAUUGAUGGUAGCGAAGACGAAUCACCAGAAACCGAUGCCGAAGAGGAAUCCAUUCACGAAAGCUCGUCCAUUUCCUCAAUCGAGGAUGAAGAGGGAGUCGGUGCAGAAGGGGCUGGCGACGUCUAUCCUGUUCGGCCGAAAAAUCUCACACCUCUCCCUCUAGACCAAGCCAUCACUCGAAGAACCGGAAUUCCACCUGCCCUAGUCCAACCACCUAGUCUAAUUGCAUUCGUUCGCAAGAAUGUCGGAAAGGAUCUUAGCACGAUCAGUAUGCCUGUGUCCGCCAAUGAACCCAUCUCCCUACUCCAGAAGGUUGCUGAGCCACUCGAAUAUGCCCAACUGUUGGACAAGGCGGCUAGGCAGAAGAGCGCAACAGAACGACUACUCUUUGUCGCCGCAUUUGCAGUAUCUCAAUUCAGCGGCGGCCGAGCCAAGGAACGAGCUAUUCGCAAACCGUUCAACCCCCUCCUUGGUGAAACGUUUGAACUUGUCAGGACAAGCAGGGAUAUUCCAGGUGGUUUCCGACUUCUCGUAGAAAAGGUUCAGCAUCGACCCGUCAGGCUAGCCAUGCAAGCUGACUCGGCAAACUGGUCAUUCUCCCACUCACCCGCUCCUGGGCAAAAGUUCUGGGGCAAGAGCGCCGAAAUUACCACAGAGGGCCGCGUGCGAGUCGUCCUGCGCUUGGCAGACGGCAACGACGAGCUAUAUUCUUGGAACAUUGCAACCAUGUUCCUCCGGAACGUCGUCAUGGGCGAAAAGUACGUCGAGCCCGUAGGAACAAUGCACGUAUCCAACGACACAACCGGCCACAAAGCCAGCGUCGAGUUCAAAAGCAAAGGCAUGUUUGGCGGGCGGGCCGAAGACGUUCACGUCACUACAUUUAGUCCCGACGGCAGCGACACUGGCAGCGGUCUAACCGGCACAUGGACCGGCAGCCUCAAAACCGUCGGUCCCGGCAAAGCAGCCAGCGAGGAAAUCUGGCAGGCCGGCAAAAUGGUGGACAACCCAUCCCAAACCUACGGCAUGACGCUCUUUGCCGCUCGUCUCAAUGAAAUCACCGAAAUCGAAAAGGAUAAAAUGGCCCCUACGGACACGCGACUGCGUCCGGAUCAACGCCUCGCUGAGAAGGGCGACUUGGACGACGCCGAGAAGUGGAAACACAACUUGGAGGAGGCGCAGCGUGCUCGGCGCCGAGAGAUGGAAGACAGGGGGGAUGUUCAUCGGCCAAGGUGGUUCGUGAAGGCGGACGAUAGUCCUGAUGGGGAGGAGGUAUGGAAGAUUAAGACUGGUAAGGAGGGAUACUGGGAGGAGAGAACCAAGGGGAAUUGGGGUGGUUUACCGGAACUCUUUGACGUUCCUGAGUUGUAG